AUGAUUCAAGGGGAUUUAGGCCCAGUUUAUGGCUUCCAGUGGAGGCAUUUUGGGGCUGAAUACAAAGAUAUGGAUUCAGAUUAUUCAGGUCAAGGAGUAGAUCAACUGCAAAAAGUGAUCGACACAAUCAAAACCAACCCUAACGACAGAAGAAUCAUCCUGUGUGCUUGGAAUCCAAAAGAUCUCCCUCUCAUGGCCCUCCCCCCGUGCCACGCCCUCUGCCAGUUCUACGUGGUGAAUGGGGAGCUGUCCUGCCAGUUGUACCAACGGUCGGGAGACAUGGGCCUGGGUGUGCCCUUCAACAUCGCCAGCUAUGCCCUGCUCACCUACAUGAUUGCACACAUCACGGACCUGAAGCCAGGUGACUUUGUACACACUCUGGGAGAUGCACACGUUUACCUGAAUCACAUCGAGCCGCUGAAAACUCAGCUUCAGCGAGAACCAAGGCCUUUCCCCAAGCUCAAAAUCCUUCGAAAAGUUGAGAAAAUUGAUGACUUCAAAGCUGAAGACUUUCAGAUUGAAGGCUACAAUCCUCACCCGACUAUUAAAAUGGAAAUGGCUGUCUAGAGUGCUUUUAAAGGCGUUGUUUGAAGGAUAUUUACACCUAGGUAAAAGUUCACUUGGCUCCAAAUGCGAAGGAUCUAGGUCAAAGCCUCUUAGUGAUCUGCUGGUUUUUAUCCAUUAACUUUUAAGAAUGUUGCCACUGGCAACUGGCUGUGCUGUUCUCAUAGUAAUAAAAGGCCUUGGGUUUGGGUGACUCAC